AAAUAACCCAAUUGCGGCCGUAGGUAUCGACCUGCAUAAGGCGGUCAGGUCAUGCCUUUCCCAUCGGAAUCAAUUCGCGCACCUCGCAUCGAAGUCUCAUCCGCUUGGCGCAAAGCCGUCGUCGGGCUGCAACCGCGCGAGCAUGUACGCAACACAAUCCCACCUCCAGUCCACAGACUUUCAUUUUUUGGCCGCGCUGAAAUGGUUGCAUUGCAUUGUCAGCUUGAAGUAGUGGCGGGUCAGUGAUGGUGUUGGGUGUGAUGGUACACGUAUGUGGCUGCCCAGCAGCUAAUUUGUAUAAGAGGGGGGGGAUACGGG